AUGGCUUCGGCAGCAGUCUCUCUCGGGGCUAGGCUAAUUGGACAGAAAGCGUCAAAAGUAGCCGUUCGAGGAGUUGUGACAUCUGCUCAAAAUUCGAACGCUCAAGUGAAACAAGAAAAAACUUCAUUCGGAAACUUAAAGGAUAGUGAUCGUAUUUUCACCAACUUGUAUGGUCGUCAUGAUUAUCGGUUGAAAGGAGCUAUGGCUCGUGGGGACUGGCAUAAAACUAAGGAGAUUAUUCUCAAAGGAUCCGAUUGGAUUCUCGGAGAACUCAAAACUUCUGGACUUCGUGGAAGAGGAGGAGCCGGUUUUCCUUCCGGAAUGAAAUGGGGAUUCAUGAAUAAGCCGUUCGAUGGUCGUCCAAAGUAUCUCGUUGUAAAUGCCGACGAAGGAGAACCAGGAACUUGCAAAGAUCGUGAAAUUAUGCGUCACGAUCCACAUAAACUGAUCGAAGGAUGUUUGAUCGGAGGAGUUGCGAUGGGAGCUCGUGCCGCUUAUAUUUAUAUUCGUGGAGAGUUCUACAAUGAAGCCUGUAUUCUCCAAGAAGCCAUUAAUGAGGCUUACAAGGCUGGUUACCUUGGAAAAGACUGCCUCGGAACUGGUUACAACUUCGAUGUGUUCGUUCAUCGUGGAGCUGGAGCUUAUAUUUGCGGAGAAGAGACUGCACUCAUUGAGUCUCUCGAAGGAAAACAAGGAAAGCCACGUCUGAAGCCUCCAUUCCCAGCUGAUAUCGGAUUGUUCGGAUGCCCUACAACUGUUACCAAUGUUGAAACUGUCGCUGUUGCUCCAACAAUCUGCCGUCGUGGAGGAGACUGGUUCGCUUCUUUCGGACGCGAGAGAAAUCGUGGAACCAAGCUUUUCUGUAUCUCUGGUCAAGUCAACAAUCCAUGUACUGUCGAGGAAGAGAUGUCGGUUCCAUUGAAAGACCUGAUCGAACGUCAUUGUGGUGGAGUCAUCGGGGGAUGGGAUAACCUUCUUGCUAUUAUUCCAGGAGGAUCAUCUGUUCCACUCAUGCCAAAGAAUGUCUGCGACACCGUUCUAAUGGACUUCGAUGCUCUCGUUGCUGCCCAAUCUGGUCUUGGAACAGCAGCUGUCAUUGUUAUGAACAAGCAAACUGAUAUCGUUAAAUGUAUUGCCCGGCUUUCUCUUUUCUACAAACACGAGUCUUGCGGACAAUGUACUCCAUGUCGUGAAGGAUGUAACUGGCUCAAUAAGAUGAUGUGGCGUUUCGUAGAUGGAAAAGCUAAGCCAUCUGAAAUUGAUAUGAUGUGGGAACUCAGUAAACAAAUUGAAGGACACACAAUUUGCGCUCUUGGAGAUGCCGCUGCCUGGCCUGUCCAGGGUCUUAUUCGUCACUUCCGACCUGAACUCGAACGCAGAAUGGCUGAAUUCCAUAAGCAAGUGUUGGCUGAACAAGGAGCCAAGCAAAUCAGUCAAUAA